CCUGAAAAGUGCCAACACUCCUAUGAGAAAAGACGGGAGGGAGAGAGAGAGAGGGAGGAAAGAAAAAGCAGGUUAUUUAUAACGCCAGGCUGUGUUAGGGUCUCUUCAGUCUCUCCUGCAAACUGUCUGCUGCUAGGAGGUCACUCCCAAAAAACCUGCACAGCCCGUGACCUGCAAGCACAGUGUUUGAUCUGGGAUCUAGGGCGGGCAGCAGUCCUUGCACACUGGGAGACGCACUCACAUGCUGCUUGACACACAGGAGAUCCCAGAGCAGCACAGCGAGGCUUUGGAAAGGAGGCUCUCUGCUUGGUCCCUUUAGUGCCAGCACCAUGCAUUGGGUCACCAUCCUGCUCAUCGCCGGGCUCUGCGGAGCCUCCCUGGGCCAGUACAAUGAGGAGGAGGACCUGGCAUGGCUGCAGUACUACAUGCGGCAGUCCCGGAUGUCCUCCUACAACUACAUGCCCUACUACGAGGAUGAGAACAGCCCCUACGUUUACUCGUACCUCCCGGCCCCAGACACUGAGGCAGAGCCCAUCCCUGAAGCUCAGCAGGCCUCAUCCUGGCAAUGUCCCCAAGAGUGUGACUGUCCCCCCAACUUCUCGUCAGCCAUGUACUGCGACACGCGCAACCUGAGGUAUCUGCCCUUCGUCCCCACCCGGAUGAAGUACGUCUACUUCCAGAACAACCAAAUCACCGCCAUCCAGGAGGCAGCUUUCGAUAACGCCACUGAGCUGGAGUGGCUCGCACUGCACAACAACCAGAUCAGCAGCGAGAAGAUGGGCAAGAGGGUCUUUGCCAAGCUGAAAAACCUGGAGCGACUGUACAUGAACAACAACAACCUGACCAAGAUGCCCAGCCCCUUGCCUCGGUCCCUGAGGGAGCUCCACUUGUCUUACAAUCAGAUCUCCAAGGUCCCCUCCAAUGCUCUGGAGGGCCUGGAGAACCUCACUGCCCUGUACCUCAGCCACAACUACAUUUUUGAGAUGGGAGCAUCCCUCAAAGGGCUCAAGUCCUUGAUCCUCGCUGAUCUGAGCUAUAACCACCUCAGGAAAGUCCCUGAUGGGCUCCCGAUGGCUCUGGAACAGCUCUACCUAGAGUACAACUACAUCAACACGAUCCCUGAUGACUAUUUCAAGGUGUCUCCCAAGCUGCUCUAUGUAAGGAUGUCCCACAACAGCCUGACAAACCAAGGGCUCUCUACCAACACUUUCAACAGCAGCAGCAUCCUCGAGCUGGACCUCUCCUACAACCGGCUCCAGAAGAUCCCCCGGGUCAGCACCAACCUGGAGAACCUCUACCUUCAAGGGAACCAAAUCAACGAAUUCUCCAUCAGCAGUUUCUGCACUGUCGUGGAUGUGAUGAACUACUCCCGGCUCCAGGUGCUGCGGUUGGAUGGGAAUGAGAUCAAGCGCAACGCAAUGCCCCCUGAUGCCCCGCUGUGCCUGCGGCGUGCCACCGUCAUCGAGAUCUAGCCUGCUGCCAGCCCUGCUCCUCAGGACUCUGCUCCCUCCUUCCCAGGGAGACACUCACUCCUAUUUUAAUGCAGCUUGACAGUUUGACUUGGCUUCUGCAAUAGUACAAUAAGGAUGCUCCAAUGCUAGCCCACACAGGGGGGCAGGAUCUGCUCAUCCCUAAAUCCCUCCCCUCCCCCCGUCUCUCCAGCCUCACAGACCCCAUGUAGCCAUGCCCCGGUCCAUGCAGGAGGCAGUGGGGAAGGAGGAGAACUCAUUCCAUCUCCAAAAUGUGGUGCUAAGCGUUCGGCUCCAGAUGUGGGUCCUGCAGAACCACCCCGGUGGCUCCCCCUGGGCAAGGGUUUGGUGAUUGCUUGGAGCUCAUCAGGUAAAGGGUUACAGAUUUCCCAACCACCAGCAUCUCUCUCUCUAGGAUGGGAAUAAUCAAAUCUUUAUCCUUACUUUCCCACCUUUCCCUGAAGCUUCCUGCUCCAAACAUCAAGCCAAGAGGAAAGAAACCUUUCCUGCUGCUGCCCAGCAGCCUCCAGCUGCUGAGGUCAGAGAGAAACUCUUAGAGGAGCAGCCAUGGCCAGAGGGACUCUCACACCUCCCUAGGUUUUGGGACAGGACUGGGGCCGAGAGAUGGGCACAUUGCAGUGCCGACACCCCACAGAGCUCCGGGUCCAUGCCAGGAGCAGCCCUCUGUCCCUGCUGUCCCUGCCCAGGCACCAGGUGCUGCCGUGAGAGCAACUGGGCCACAUUCUGGGUCUGCACACAGCGGUGUCCUCUCACUCUUCCAACACUACCCCAUUGCUGUGUGCCACUCAGCUGCAGCUGCCCCAGCUUAGGGAGAGCAGCCCCACAGCAGGUGAGGUUUCGAACCAGGUGGGACCCACCUGGGUUUAACAGGGGAGGGCUUCACUGCUCCCAAAAUCCUGGUGCCUGAUUCCUGUACUCACCCAUGCUGCAGGAUCUCCCUUCUCCCACCCCUCCCACCUGCUGGCACAGCUCUGGGCUUCCCGCCCAGGGAAUUGGGCUCUCCCAUUAAGAAUAAACGAUGCAGCAGUAAUGUCUGCAUGGGCAGCACAUCUCGAUUUAUCGAGAGCCGAAACACCCACUUGGUUCCUUGGACAGGCUACUGAGAACCAAAGGGGCAGCUGAGCUUUGAAGAUGACCUGCAAAGCCGAAGAGGUCAUCCAGACCCUCUGCAUUUAAAUUGCAUGCUAACAUUAUAGAAACAAAACAAAACAAAAAAAAACCAAAAACAAAACAAAAAACAAAAAAACCUGCACUAUCACCGGCGCAUGAACUGUAGAUGUCGUACCGACGAAUAAAGCCCUUUCUGUAACUGCA